GCUCCAUUCACCUGCUCCCAGAGUCUACUGUGGUUGCCUCUUUUUUUAUCAUUCCCUACUAACACAGGAAAGGACCUUGAGCAUAUAAUUUUGCACAUUGAUAUACGGACGAAAAGUUGGUUUAUCUGAAGAUCACAUGUUGAUUGACCAUGGGGACCUGGAAAAAGGCUGAAAAUGAAAAGGGAUUUAUUUACUACAUAAGUGACCAACAAAACCUGCAACAAUGGGACCAUCCGAAAUUCUGCGAUGUAAAACAGGCAAUAGACGACUGUAACUACGUGAUUUACGCAACUUACCGGCUGGCUUUGAAGUUCCGCGUUUUGCAACGCGCCUUGUACACUGAAGACAUUCCCUUGGCCCUUACCAGUUCCAUUUUCGAGAGACACCGCUUGGCCAACAAUGAAAAUUCGCUCAUUUUGGAGACCUGCGACUUAGAGGCGGUGUUGGCGGAUAUUUUCUUUGCCGCCAACAAUCAAAACCACAUGAACAUCGAUGUUGAUUUUGUGGCUGAGAUGGUCAUCAAUUUUUUAUAUAAUGUCUUUGAUAGUUGCAGGGAAGGGACCAUCCAGGUCAUCUCAGUGAAGCUCACUUUGGGGCUUCUAUGCAACAGUUCCCUGCCCGAGCUGCACAAGUAUAUCUUCUCUUUGUGUGCUGACCAUAACAAUUGCAUCACCAGGGUGCGACUGCUUGGCCUGCUGCAGAAAAUGCACUUGUUAAUCAAGUAUCUACACGAAGACCCGGUGUUUAAUGUGCACUGCCUAAACGCGGCGGUAGACAAAUGUUUUGUCGAUUCGCCCGGCUUGGUGGGGAUUGCUGAGUGCACCUUUAUGAGCUGGCUCAAUUCGGACAUCCCCUUUUUAUCCUGGCUGCCUCUGGUUGCGAAGCUCAAGAACUCGGAAACUGUGAUCCACCCGCUCAAGUGCUCUACAUGCAAAACAACGCCCCUUUUAGGGCUGCGCUACAGUUGCGCAAAGUGCCCAAAGUACCUUCAAUGCCAGCGGUGCUUCCUCACAGGGCGCACAAGCCACUCGCACAAAGCAUCCCACUCUUUGAGGGAAUAUUGCACGGUAUUAUCCAAGAAGGACGCUUGCCGGAUGGUUUUCCAUGGCCUUUAUGGCUGGUUGUUUUGCGCGAAAAAACCCAACAGUUUUUACUCCGCAGUGAAGCCUAGCAGGCAUUUUGCCAACGGAGGCUGCAAGCUUAUGUCCGCCGCUCAGUUAUGUGACAUUGAUCCGCUUUCUUCGCCAGAAACGCAGCUUCAAGGCGUAAUCAGGCAGCUGGAGUCUCAAAACCGCGAGCUUCAGCAGAUGCUGAUCUUCGGACACCACAACGACAAAGAGAUGCGCAAGUACUUAGAGGAGUACCGGCUGUUCAUGGCAGGGAAUAUUCAGAAGCUGAAAAUGCUCAAGAUGCAAAUCAACACUUCAGGUAGUGCCACAAAGGAGAACAGAUGCAACUUGGGAAAGACUCAGUCCACUCCCAUGGUGUGCCAACACAAUGCCUCCAAGUACAAGCUGGGCAGCUUGGAGAACGUGAGUCCAAUAACACUGAUGACUGAAAUAGAGGACAGUCUUGCAAGUGGCAGUGACACCCAAUGUCAGACUCCAUUAGAGCUUCCGUACUUUGCCGAGCCUAAAGCGCAUUUCGAUGUGCCGAAAUUGCCCAGAAAGCUCUCGCAUCACAACUUGGACGAGGCUCUAGCCAGACUGCAGCAAAUCCUGGCAAACAACUUCUCAUUGGACGACUCUCUGAGCCAAUUGGACAACAGCAACUUACAAUACGCGGUCACGGAAGUUGAGGGUAUGCUUACGUCCAUUAUUGACAACGUAGAGUCGAGCCGCUGCAAUUCUGCUUUGAAAAGACUCAAAAGUUGACCUCAAAAGUAAAGGAAAUGAGAAUAAACACAUUUGGCCUGCUCAGUUACAAUAACUAACAAGGUGCAAUAUCGAAUGCAAUCGAAUUUCUAUGUAAAUUUCUGAAAUAGUUUCUUGUCCUCAAUGUCCAAUCAAACGAUCUCUUAAUAAAUAAACUUUAUUACUUUUAAAUGCAA